UAUAAUUAAUUCUUAGUAACUUUUUUUAAUAAAUACCACUCAACGGAUUAAAAGUAAAUUAAUUAAUAAACUUAAUUUUUUUUUUCAAUUAUUUUAGUUUUAAUUCUCUGUUAAGAUUCCUCUCCUGUUCCUGCAAGGAAGAAUUCACUAAUUCAGGAGAGUGGAGACCCCUUUGCUUAUUCCUUGUCCAACCUGAAACUCUUUUUUUAAGUCAUUCUGCAGUGAAUUUUGAGCUUUGUUGAACAUUCAAUCCAAGCAAGCUCAAGUGGGUCAGCUUUUUUUUUUUCUUUCUUUUUUAUUUAACUCAUUAAAAUUCUUGCAUGUUUGAUCUAGGGGUCUGUGUCAGUGACUGACAAACUUUCUCUCUCUUCCACUAUGGAUUGGGUAAUAUCUAUCACGAAAUAAGCCUGGCAUCAAUUAUUUCCUUACCUUUUUCUCUGAUUCCUGCAAGUUUUCAGCUCCAAUAUCAUACCAUAUUGCAAGCAUUUUUCUCAAAUUCUUGUUUGUGUUUUCCCUUUCUUUUCUUUAUCUUCGUCUGAUAAAAAAAAGUUUCCUUUUCUUACUAAAAUGGAUUGGCUUUCUCUUUUGGCUCUACAAUAAAAACCCAAUUGAUUUUUUUUCCCAAAAUUUCUUGGUUUCCAGUCUUGGGUUUUGCAUUGAAAUUGCUCUACAUUUGUCUUUUUGUUUGUUGCAUAAAAGGUCGAAUACCAUUAUCAGUUCCAGACUAGACUGGGUUGUUGAGUAUUUGGUUGUUCCUGUCCAAGCUGUACACCAUUAUUACUACCAUAUUAUUGAAAACAUUUUAUUUAUUUUCUGGGUUGUGUUUAUAAAAUUAAUUUAUUUUCUUAAUAUAAAUUUCUUAAGCUCUAUGAUUAUUGCAUUUUCUUGAUUCAAAACAGAUGGUGCUUGUUCUGUUUUUUUUUUUUUGUCGCUUUUCAUUAAAUUUAAUCACCAUUAUUAGUUUCAUAAGCUUAAGCAUCUUCCAGUCUGAAUCUUGAGCUUUCUACUUCUCUCUUUUGAAUCUUAGGAGAUUAAACCCUUUUUUGGAUACAAAAAAUUGUCAUCUGGGUCUAAAGUGUAAUCCUUUCUUUCCUUCUCUUCUGUUGAAGUCCAUAUCUUUGAUUCCUGGUUUCAAUCUGGGCUCAUGCAAAUUGAAGGUCUCUUAAGAAAUGGCCAAUCUUGUUCCCGGAGUGCUCCUCAAACUUCUGCAACACAUGAAUACAGAUAUAAAAGUUGCUGGUGAGCACAGGUCAUCUUUAUUGCAGGUGGUGAGCAUUGUACCAGCACUAGCAGGAGGUGAGCUAUUUCCUAACCAAGGGUUUUAUCUCAAGGUAUCAGAUUCAUCUCAUGCCACUUAUGUAUCUUUAGCUGAUGAGCAUGAUGAUCUAAUUCUUAGUGAUAAGAUCCAACUGGGUCAAUUUAUUCAUGUCGAAAGGCUUGAAUCAGCCUCACCAGUCCCCAUUCUUAGAGGUGUUAGGCCAGUCCCAGGGAGGCACCCUUGUGUAGGGAGCCCAGAAGAUAUUGUAGCAACUCACUCUCUUGGGUUUCUCAAUAAUAAUGAUGAUUCAAGUUCAGGUUUAAAACAUUUAGAGAAAGUGAACUCACCUAAGAAAGGGUAUUCAGGAAGUAGCAAUAUAGGAGAGAAGGUGAAAUCAUUGGGGGUUAGACUGAAUGGCAAUGCGAAUAAGGAUGAUUUAUCAGAUAGGAAAACCUCUUCUCUGAGCAGGACAAAGUCUCAAUUGUCAAAACCUACACUGAAUUUGGAUUUGAAGAAGGACACUUUGGCAAAAUCGAAAUCUUCAAGUUCAAGGUCGAUUCCUUCCUCUCCAACAAGUUGUUAUUCGCUGCCCACUUCAUUUGAGAAAUUUGCUAAUGGGGUUAACCAGCAGGCGAAGAUUAAGGGGUCAGAUAAGGGAUCUACUAAGUCAGGAGUAGUGGAAAAGUUAAGUUCUGUUCGCGGGGCAAGUCCAACUGCAAAGAGGGUACCAGUUAUUAAGAAUAUAGUUCAAGGGAUUGAGAUGGGUGCUAAAGCAUUAAGGAAGAGUUGGGAAGGGAAUAUGGAGGUGAAGCACAGGGAGAAUUCAAAAUUAAGGGCUUCUAAACACAGUCCGUAUCCUGAAGCUCGGAGUAUUUCUGCUCCUAGAAAAAGCACGUCAACCAAUAGAUUGACAUCUAAAGAGGACAAUAAGACCCAACUAUCGGCCAAAUCAUCUAAAGAGGAGAAUAGAAAUCCGGUAUCUACAAAGAAAGUUGUUGCAAAUGGAAAUUUGGAUGGUCAAGAGAAGUCAAAUAAGCAAAGACCAUCUAUUGGAAAAAAAUCAUCAGGAGAUAAUGAUGGACUUCCAGGAAACCUGGUUAAGUUUUCAAUAAAUAGCAGGAAACUGCCUGAGGGAAGCAUUUCAUGGAGUUCACUACCCUCUUCUGUUGCUAAGCUUGGAAAGGAAGUUAUGAAGCUUAGGGAUGCUGCACAGACAGCAGCAAUAGAGGCUAUGCAAGAGGCUUCUGCUGCAGAGAGCUUACUUCGAUGUUUAAGCAUAUACUCUGAGCUAACUUCCUCUGCUAAAGAAGAUAACCCACAACCUGCUGUGGAGCAGUUCUUGACCCUCCAUGCAAGCUUGAACAAUGCUCGCUUGGUUGCCGACUCUCUGUCUAAAAUUAUUCCGGUUGGUUCAUGUCCAGAUUCUGAUCACAACCCAUCAGAAGAAGUGCUAAAGGUCACAUCAGAUAGACGCAAACAUGCAGCCACUUGGGUCCAAGCUGCAUUGGCCACCAAUCUGUCAUCCUUUUAUGUAUUUAAAAAAGAAACAACUUCAGCUUCCACUCAAGGCCAAAAGACUUCCAGUGGUAAUCAACCCAUAUUAGUCCUUGAAAAUUCUUCAAAGAAUGCAUCAGCAAAAACUCAAGGGAAAACCCGUCCAUCUGUUGGCUCCAAGCUUGUAGCAACCGGAGCUUUUCGCAAAGCAGGGGAUACCUCUGCCAUUAGUCAGAAGAUGCCGCCCCAACCUCCACCUGAGUGGAUCAAAGGAAGUGGCCUUGAUGAGGCUGUGGACUUGGCUGAAAUGUUGCAGAUGGAGUCCCAAGAUUGGUUCCUGGGAUUUGUGGAGAGGUUCUUGGAUGCUGAUGUGGAUUCCUCAACUUUGUCAGAUAAUGGUCAAAUAGCAGGCAUGUUGACUCAGCUGAAGAGUGUGAAUGACUGGUUAGAUGAGAUUGGUUCAAGCAAGGAUGAAGAAGAAACACCCAAUGUUUCAUCAGAGACUAUCGACAGGCUUAGAAAGAAGAUUUAUGAAUAUCUUCUUACGCAUGUUGAAUCUGCUGCCGCUGCAUUAGGCAGUGGAUCACAAUCAUCACCAAGGCUUCAAAGCAUAGACACGAAAACAAAAAGGUGACUUGAUUAAUUUCCACCUUGUCCUUGUGAAAUGCAGCAUUGGUGAUGCAUAUAUGAUAACAAAAUUCUCAUUAUACUUGUGUCCUUAACCAACAAGUGGGCUAAGGACUUGAGAUGUUCUAAUUUAUGUACAUAAAUCCUACAUGGGUUUGAGGUAUAGAUGGUUGUCCUUGUUAACUGUGAAAGAAAGCAUUUAGAUCAUUAGAUGUGAAAUGUAAGGAAUUUUUCUUUCAAAAUAUUCUCCUUGGCAUUUGUUUUCUGAAAUUA